GCAACUAGUAGUCAAACACGACCAUCCAAACAACCACAAAAACAAACAAACCGCCAUGAAACACAAGGCCAAACGCAAAUCCAAGGGGAAAGGAAUAUCCAAACUCAAGAAAGUCCACCCCAACAGAAACAAAGACAGGUUAGAAUACAGAGUCUCAUCCGCUCCCCUUUGCUCUCUGAUCUCAUCAUGUGAAGACCUCACAGCCCAACUCGGAACAACCCUUAGCCUCGACGGCACUACCCCCAAGACCAGCGACAUUAACGCAGCAACGGAGGAAAAGCCAGGUGAAGGCAACAUCAGCGCCACAAAGGAACUACCCAGAAUAGGCUCGUUCAAAAGACGGUUGAAGGCGACCUUCACUGGUAGCCCCUUGAAACAGCCCGGCAACCCAAACAGGCACAGCUGCCAUAUUCACUCUCGGAGGAAAACGGGUCGUUCGCAGCGGUCUGGUCCAGUCACUGCUAGUUUUACGGGCAGCAACACAACGGGGGGUAUUCACAGUAGCCCGACAAAGAAGUCCCCUCAGGCUGCUGCUCUUUCUGUUCUGAGAUAUUUGAGAUAUAUUAGGGCUAAUAACGAUGCGUUUCUUUUGCGAUUUCUUGACUAUAUCUUUCUGGACCUAGAUUUUCUAGAGUCAGAGUCGUCGGGCAAGAACGGCUCUCUGAUCCCUAUGGAGGGCGCGAAGCAGCAUGUGUUGGGAGCAAACCCUUCAGAUAGAAAGUCUCCAUGGGUAGAAAACCAGGAUACCAAGAAAAGGGAUCUCAAAAAGCAGAUUGAGCACGUCCACAGUCUCACCGGUACUCAAGUGAAGACCGCAUCUCCCACUGAUACCAAAUCGCGACGCAGAGCGGACAAUAGCCGAGUAUGGAAUACCGUGAACUUGAGGUGCACUACCUGUCGUGGUAACUGUCCGGUCUGCGGCGUGGCAUGCUGCAAAUACGCAGACGCCCAGCAGACCAUAUCCAAGACAGAGUCAAAGUCGGAAAAGGCCGACCAUGCGAGGCAGGGCUUGCAAAUGAUUGAAGGGCUGGGAUCGCAUGUCAAAGAUAUGAGCACGAAUGCAAGCCUAACCCCUGGGGAAUCUGCGAUUGGCACGAUUGAGAUGGGAUAUAAACCGGCUUUACUACGAAAUACAUACUAA